AUGGUGCGACCACAGGCACUUCCGGUGCAGACCCAAAUCGUCACAACUGGGACGGAAGUGAGUGGGCCACUUCCUUUCCUAGCCCCGCCCCCCAGAGCCCGUGAGACUACACUUCCCAGAUGCCUUGCGCGGGGGCGGAGGCGGCGGGGAUGCGAUGGCGGAGUCGCUGCCCCUGGAGAUGCUCACAUAUAUUCUGAGCUUCCUGCCUCUGUCAGAUCAGAAAGAGGCCUCCCUCGUGAGUCGGGCUUGGUACUACGCAGCCCAGAAUGCCUUCGGGAGAGAAAUCUGCGGUACAAUAUCCCUGUGUCCUCGGCCUCUCUCCCAACCAUCAAGAGCCUGGGCCUCAGGGGCGUCUCCUGCAUCAGCCUCACCAACCUGGAUGGCUCACCAGCCUCACACCAGGUGCUGCAGUCUAUUGCCUACCACCUGGGCCCUCACCUGCAGAGCUUGUGCCUCGGUGGGGGCAGCCCCACGGAGGCCUCCUUUGUGGCCCUGAUCCUGGGCUGUCCGGCCCUGCGUAGCCUUGACCUCAGUGGCUGCAACAGCCUCUUUGCAUCGGGCACACUGCUAGCUCAACCCGAAACAGCACAGCAGGUCCGGCAGGCACUGAGCGGCCUCCGCGAGCUCAACCUGGCUGGCCUGCGAGACCUGGCCGACCUCAGCUUCAACAGGCUAAGCAGCUGCGCCCCCAGCCUAGAGCGCCUCUCCUUGGCCUACUGUCACCUCACCUUCGAGCUAGGCCCAGCCUGGGGCUCCAUCAACCCCCAGGACUCCUCCCCAUCCCAACUUUCCUUCCACAACCUGCUGCGGUUCGUGAAGGAGCGGGCUGCUAGGCUGCGCGCCCUGGACCUGAGUGGCACGGGCUUGCCACCCGAGGCCCUGCAGGCCCUGGGCCAGGUGGCUGGGCUCCAGCUGCAGGAGCUGAGCCUGCACAGCUGCCGGGACCUCUCCACAGAGGCUGUGGCUGCCCUUUGCCGCCAGCAACCGGGCCUUACCUCCCUGGACCUCAGCGGCUGCUCAGAAUUGGCUGAUGGGGCACUGUUGGCUGUGAGCCGGGGCCUGCGGCACCUGCAGCGCCUGAGCCUGAGGAAGCUGCAGCGGCUGACGGAUGCGGGAUGCACAGCCCUUGGGGGCCUGCGGAAGCUGCAGAGCCUGGACAUGGCUGAGUGCUGCCUAGUGAGCGGGCGGGUAUUGGCCCAGGCUCUGGGCUCAGUGCGCAGAGCUCCACCGCCACUGGCCUUUCUCAGCCUGGCCUACUGCUCCUCACUCAAGGACAACUCAGUGCUCUCCCUGAUCCCAGCGCUGGGACCGAGUCUCAGAGUGCUAGACUUAUCCUCUUGUGUGGCCCUCACCAACCGGACCCUGCAGGCCAUCUGCACCUACCUCACUCCCCUCUCAGUCCUGCGCCUGGCCUGGUGCAAGGAGCUUCGUGACUGGGGGCUUCUGGGGCUGGGGGAACCCAGUGAGGAGCCAGCACAGAAAGCCCAGGUGUGGGACCCUCAAGGUCAUGAAGGGUGGGUGGUCCCUGGGCUCGCCUGCCCUCCUGAGUCUCUCUCUAGGAGCAUUUGAGGGCCAAACUCAGGAGGAACUGAGAAGCAGGGGUCUCUUCCCACAGCCACACGGAGAGCUGGAGCAUCAGGCCUCAGGCCCCAUGGACCCUUCUCCCCAGCCACAGGGCCCCUCCCUGCUCAUGAUGCAGGCCCUGCGGGAGUUGGACCUCACAGCCUGCAGCAAGCUGACCGAUGCCAGUUUGGCACAGGUGUGGGGCUGGGGGUGUGGAUAGACUGAGGAUCGGGGGCUGGAGCCAGGGGCCUGGGCCCACCCCCUUUUUGCUUAGAAAAAGUUCCUUUCUUGUUGGCUUCUGCUGUGUAUGGCCUCGCCUUUUGCUGGGGGUGGGGAACCUAGAAGAGCCCCUGGCCCUUGGCUCCAGUGCCAUACUACACCCCAGCCCCACAUCCUCCAUCCUUGCAGGUGCUCCAGUUCCCCCAGCUGAGGCAGUUGUCACUGAGCCUGCUGCCAGCACUCACAGAUAACGGCUUGGUGGCUGUGGCCAGGGGCUGCCCUAGCCUGGAGCGCCUGGCACUGAGUCACUGCAGCCUCCUCAGUGACGAGGGCUGGGCCCAGGCAGCCAGCUCCUGGCCGAGGCUGCAGCACCUCAACCUGUCCAGCUGCAGUCGGCUCACAGAGCAGUGAGUGUCCAACAAUGCCAGUGCAGGGGCUGGGCUGGGCUGGGACCAGCCUCGGGUCAGGCACUCACACCGGGGCCUUCCUGCAGAACGCUGGACACCAUUGGGCAGGCGUGCAAGCAGAUCCAGAUGUUAGAUGUCGCCAUGUGCCCUGGUAUUAGCAUAGCUGCUGUCAGGCAAUUCCAAGCCCAACUGCCCCAGGUGAUCUGCAUCCAGUCCCGCUUCGUGGGAGGGGCUGACCUGACCCUAACACUCUGAGGCCAGGUCAGUAAGCGGCCCUGUGGCUCAGCCUCAUGUCCCUGGCCCUGGCUUCUCAACCUGGAGUUUGACUCAGUGCCUCCUGUUCCCCUCUGCUACAGACCCCAGAGCCCCUUCCCUAAGCUAUAAACACCUUUGCAAGGACUGGAGGUGGGGCUAAUCCAGGGCUGUCUGGAGUGCUUCCUACCCCAGUUUGCCCCACAGCCUGGCAGGGGCUUGCCAGCUACAUGAGGCUGCCACAGGCCCCUGGAAAUGCCAGCUCCUGACCUCCUGGCCAGGCCUGGGUCUGGAAGCCCCAGGCCCAUAGGUGGCUGGGUCAGAUGCUGGAGAGGAGCAGACCCCCCUCUUGCUCUGCCUACCUCCAUCCAAGGCCUGUGCCCUACCUUGUUCCCUAUUCUAGUUCCCAGUCCCCUACCAGCGCUGAACUUUAGCAGCCAAGCCUUAUCUUUGUUGUAAACCCAAACAAGAUUAAAAAUUCCAGAUUCUA